AUGUCAUUCACAGCGAAACUGACCCUUCUACCCAUAGGUCUCGAUGGGUUUGUGGAGGACUACGUGAAUAACUUCAAGGCCAAGGGCGUGAAUGGAAAAUGGCUUAAUUGUGUUACCCCUGGUGAGCUGAUUCGACUGGGUAUCACAAAGGUUGGACAUCAGAUGAUCAUACUGGACCGCAUCAGGCAAUUGCAGGCACAAUAUUGCGCUUUCGAUAAUGAGACAUUACAAAUGGUACUUUUCCGUGUCUGUCGUGCAUGUGUCAGCAUUGUUGCUGCAGUUAACGCGCACACUUCUAUUGUCGAGCGCCAGGAUUUUCGUGAUCCAGACGCAGAUGCCGUCUAUCCCGGUAUCUUGGACGAUCUGCAGGAUGCAGUCACUUACAUUCUAAACUGCGUUUUGACCUUAAUGACUGCUGUUUGGAAUGCUGCGUUCUGGUUGGACAGGCCUCCAUUUCACACAUUACCCGAUAUGAUUUCCCUCCGUAAAUUCCUGAUCGAGCGUGCCCUGUUGGUGAACAAUGCCGCACAAUUAGCGAUUGCCAAUCAACUGCCAACACACUUCAAAGAGGUUCAGACCCAUGUAGAAUCUGUUGGAGACCGUGUGGACGCGGUAAUACAAGGAUGCAACGAUUCCAUUAUGCUUACACCGUGUGGAAUGGAACUAGUGCAACUGCGAAAGGCAGAUGCUGCGGAGUUUGGUUUCAAUCUCGAGUCGACACAGACGAACGUGCAUUGGAUUGCUUUUGUUCAACAAGAGUCUCCCGCAUUUUGUUCAGGAAAAGUCACUAGAGGUGACGAGGUGGUUGAAGUGAACGACCAAGUUGUGAUUGGCUGGCAGCAUCGCAGGGUAGCAGACCUGAUGCGUCUAUAUCCGAAGCGGAUUUCACUGAGGCUACGAAAACGUCCCAUGCAUGCCACUGAUUUCUCGGGUUUUCCUGGUGGAGGCCGCCGACAUCGUGUCGUUGCACAACAAGAGCCCACUAAUGUGCCUACACGCUACCUCCGCGGUCGUGUUCCGUUGGCUGCUGCACUGCCCAACGCUUCGGAACCACUGGACAGUGCACAUGACUCGACCAAUCCACAACUUUUGUUGUCUCCGUCCGCCGCUUCGAAUACCAUUCCUGAAGCUCAGACACCUAUCUAUUCUCAAUCCUCUUCCUCUUCUUCUUCGAGGUGUCCAUCAAUGCAGUUUAACGAUGAGUUGUUGCAACCGGGUUCUCACAAUCUGGACACGUUGUCCUAUGCGACUGCCAAGUCGGACACCCCACCAGGUGGCAGCUUCAAGACUGCCUACUCAUCGUUCCCCGCAGGUCGAAUAUCUUCCAGUACUCCGUCUACACCGUUUUUAAACGCAAGAUCGAAAUACAAGGCAAAGAGUGAGAGUGAUAAUCCUGCUCCUCUCAGUCCGGACAGAUAUCAACUCAGGGCAAAUAUGGAAUCAGUGGAAAGCAGUCCAAGAUCCGGGGCUGAAAGGAAUAAUUCUUUGCAAUUCAGGUCAUCUCUUUCCACACCCAGCAAGGGCCUGUUUUCCCGCUUUACUCUGACCCAUCGGCGGACAGCUUCUGGAGGCCCCACACUAUGGUCGCCCGCCAAAGAUGCUGAUCAGGCCGAAACCAGGUCAGUUCGUUCGGAAACUGGUCGAAGGACAACCGCUCCCAUCGUGCAGGCGUUGGACAAACGAACGCGUAGUCGACCCUGUAUGGGUAGUGUGGACAGUAUGCCGAAGCAGGUGGUUGGAUUAACUCACCGGAGUAAGUCAUUCAAAGACCUUGUUCCAGCCGAGUCGAACGGUUGGCUAUGGCUGAAAAGAUCCAACACUCUUCUCAGUAAAUAUGGCAAACGUUGGUGUGUGUUCAAAAAUUCUACACUCUAUUACUACCGACAUGUUGAGGACCAGGUUGCCGAAGGGAUGAUCAACAUGAAUGGCUUUACUGUCACCCCGGCGCCAGAAGUAAAAUAUGGGCGCUAUCCUUUCUACGUCCACAACGACUGGAUUCGUUUCAUCUUUGCUGCCGAGACUGAAACCGAACGUACCAGGUGGAUGAAUUUGUUGGCCAUGCCCUCUAUUACCCUGCCUGACAUCAAUGAGAACCGGUCCCCUCGUGUUGGAGGAUUCGGUCCAGGACAUCUGGCCGGCGAUGAGGAUCUGCCUCCUCGGGUCAGUUUGCGGUCCAAGGCUAUGAUCGCUCAUUCCGAGCACGACUGUCAACUCGGAAGACAACCCAUCCCACCAAAACCUGGACAAGAUGCGGAGCAGCAGCGGUUACAAACCUCGGCUAACCAAUCCCCUUUGGAGCUGAGACGUAAUCCUUCUCUCGGAGUGAAACCCCUGUCGCCAUGCGUUUCACGUCAGGAUGAAACGGACCCUUCCGCCUCGUCAUUUAUCGUCCCAAAAGUAGUGCCACAGGUAUUUUGUAGCCUUCCGCAUCGUUCCCCAUCCGUCCCCUCCGGGUUGAGCUACAUGGAUGGUGGAGGUUCCCAUGAUUUUGAUGAGUCGCUACUGGGAUGUCCGAGAGUGGCACGAAAUGAAGCAUCCCCCAUAAUCGUCUGCGAUCUUAUAACUAUGCGGGAAAAACCAUCGUUGGAAAGUCAUUCAAGUACUCAUUCACCCACUUAUAUGCUUCCCCCGCAGUUCCCCCAGCGCAGUUCAACUUGCAAAUCCUCACCACCAAUAUCUGAUGCUACCUCUGGGCAACCCAACUCCCAUCGAUAUCAGUUAAGCCCACCGGUACGUGACUCUCGCCAGCGCGCCAUGUCUUCUUCUCCGCUUCCACAAUGUCAUGGGAAGCGAUCUGCUUUGAUGACAUCCAACGAUCAUUCAACGACACCGACUUCUGGUGUGUAAUAUCGCUCUUCUCCGCUAUAUUCGAUUGCAAACUCAUGCUGUGACCCAUCCCAAGUUCUUUGCUGCCCUUUGUCUUGAGCGCCAUUGUUAUGUCAUUCCUUUGAUAUUUUUUGCUCAUCUUCUCUCGCCUUCUUUGUGAUAUUUCCUCGGUCCUUUCUCAUCACAAAACCGUUGUCAACGCACGGUGAAUUGUUCAUCUGCAGUUUCUGGAUACGUGUCAACAAUUUCGCGCAAGUUAGCCCUGUG